AGGACUUCAACGCUGAAAGAUAAGUUAUAUUUUGCUGCUUCACAUCAUUAUUGUAAGUCAUGCAUUGUCGAAUUGUACACAUAUUGUCAAUUUUACAAAGCAGAUAACAUACUUGUCACUGUUUUCACAGUAUAUACAGUGCACUAUAUACAUCGUUUCAAAAUGGAGCUGAGGAGCUUAUGGAAAUGCAUCUUUGUGAUGGUAGCCGUGAGCCAGAGUUUUUCUCUGGGGUGCAAGUGGAUUCAGCACCGGUACAAAGACGUGAGCCGGGACAGCCUGCAACUGGUAACACACAUGGGUAAAGAGGUUGUGAUAAACGAAGAACACGUGGAGAACAUCCCCUCCCCAGGUGGUGUUUACAUAACAAUCUCACAGGUGAGCAAUAUUUCGAUUAUAUGCGAAGUGCUUCAUCACAUCAGUAAGCUGUACAAUGGAAAUAUGGACUCUGUGGUGUGGGACCGAGAAAAGCUGGACAGGUUUCAAAGCAACCUCCAUACUCAGACUGCUCAUCUUAAACAAUGUAUGCAUAAGGAUGUGAUCCACAGCUCAGGAGAUCAUGGGAAAGAGAACCAGAGAAUUAUUCAUUAUUUUAAGAAACUGGAAAAUUAUUUGAAACGAAAGAAAAACAGUGCUCAUGCCUGGGAGAUUAUCAGAACACAAGUUUGGAAACAUUUGCAACGUCUUGACCUGAUCACAGCUUCCUUGAGGAGACCAAGGAACACUUCACACGUUUAAAAGCAGAGCCUUCCCUUUGUAAUAUUUAACAGCAGUUCUGUGCUACAUUUUAAAAUGCUAAAACAAUCCUAAUUUAUUAAAGGAGUUAAACAGUGUUCUUCGUAGUUAUAUAAAGUGGAUGCACUGUUAAUUAUUUUUCUUAGGCUGCUAUUUAUGA